UGUUGAUUUAAUGGUAUAAAUGUGCUUAGGACACUUCUCCAGGUCUACAGCACAAGCUGCACCUCUGCCUGAGCAGGAAGCACCAGAGUGCCAAAUGGGGCCUUUACGGAGAGGAAGCUUGAUAGGGCAGUUCAGUUUAUCAGCCGCUGGAACAUUUCCCAAGCAUGUGAAAAUAGUGGAGGUCGGUCCACGGGAUGGCUUGCAGAAUGAAAAGAAUAUUGUUCCCACCCAGGUGAAAAUUGACUUAAUCAACAUGUUGUCAGAGACUGGUCUCUCCGUUAUAGAAGCCACCAGUUUUGUCUCUCCAAAAUGGGUACCACAGAUGGCUGACCACACCGAAGUUAUGCAAGGCAUCAGGAAGGUCUCUGGGGUCAGCUACCCUGUUCUGACACCCAAUCUCAAGGGAUUUGAAGCAGCGGUGGCAGCCGGAGCCAAGGAAGUGUCAAUCUUCGGAGCAGCUUCGGAACUCUUCACAAGAAAGAACAUCAACUGUUCCAUAGAGGAGAGUCUGCAAAGAUUUAGUGAUGUUCUGCAGGCAUCCAAAGAAGCCAGUAUUCCAGUCCGAGGCUACGUCUCCUGCGUUCUUGGCUGCCCUUAUGAAGGAAAGAUUUCUCCUGCUAAAGUGGCAGAGGUGUCAAAGAAAAUGUAUGCGAUGGGGUGCUAUGAGAUUUCCCUCGGCGACACCAUUGGUGUGGGCACCCCAGGCAACAUGAAGGAGAUGCUGUCUGCAGUCAUGAAGGAGGUGCCCGUUGAAGCCCUUGCAGUUCACUGCCACGACACUUAUGGACAAGCUCUUGCCAAUACACUAGUAGCACUACAGAUGGGUGUGAAUGUGGUCGAUUCAUCAGUUGCUGGCCUUGGAGGCUGUCCUUAUGCUCAGGGAGCAUCAGGAAAUGUGGCAACAGAAGACAUGGUGUACAUGCUGCACGGCCUUGGGAUUCACACAGGUGUGGAACUAUCAAAGCUCCUUGAAGCAGGCACUUUCAUCUGCAAGAUGCUGAACCGGAAGACCAGUUCAAAAGUUGCACAGGCCACCUGCAAACUGUGAGGUAGAUCAGUGCCUUUCCUGGACUUGCUGGGAAUCAAAACUCUAUGGCAGUCUGGAAACUGCCGUGCUAGCAUUUGUUCCCCUCACUGUAUUUAAGCACUAUCCAAUGACUCAGAAUUAAAAGACCAGAAGAUGAAACAGCUGGAUUUUACACUAAAAGGAAGAAGACGUUAAAAGAAUGUAGGACGCCAGAGCUCCCUAGCAAACGUGUUGGAUGUGUUUGAAGAUGGAGGUUGCAAUUGUCUUAAGGGGCAAAG